GUGACGUCAUUGCCCGCCCCUUGACCUCGCGUCCCGCCCUCUUCCCUGCCUCCCAGUGGCCCGCUGAGGCUGCGUCUCUGGAGGCGAUGGAGGGAUCCCAGCCGGUGGCCGCACGUCCGGGGGGAGAGGCAUCUUGCUCCUCCUGGAGAACCAGCCGUGCAAAUACAAAUUUCUCCAUCAUGCCAACAGAAUCUGUGGAGAUUGAUGAUGCAUUAUACAGUCGACAGAGGUAUGUUCUUGGAGACACAGCAAUGCAGAAGAUGGCCAAGUCUCAUGUUUUCUUAAGUGGUAUGGGUGGUCUUGGUUUGGAAAUUGCAAAGAAUCUUGUCCUUGCAGGGAUUAAGGCACUUACAAUUCAUGAUACAGAAAAAUGCCAAGCAUGGGAUCUAGGAACAAACUUCUUUCUCUGUGAAGAUGAUGUUGUUAAUAUAAGAAACAGGGCUGACGCUGUACUUCAACAUAUUGCAGAAUUAAAUCCAUAUGUUCAUGUCACAUCAUCUUCUAUUCCUUUAAAUGAAACCACAGAUCUCUCCUUCUUAGAUAAAUACCAGUGUGUAGUAUUGACGGAGAUGAAACUUUCAAUGCAGAAGAAGAUCAAUGACUUCUGCCGCUCUCAGUGCCCUCCAAUUAAGUUCAUCAGUGCAGAUGUACAUGGAAUUUGGUCACGGUUGUUUUGUGAUUUUGGUGAUGAAUUUGAAGUUUUAGAUACAACAGGAGAAGAACCAAAAGAAAUUUUCAUUUCAGAUAUAACGCAAGCUAAUCCUGGCAUUGUCACUUGCCUUGAAAAUCAUCCUCACAAACUUGAAACAGGACAGUUGCUAACAUUUCGAGAAAUUAAUGGAAUGACAAGCUUAAAUGGAUCCACACAACAAAUAACUGUGGUAUCACCAUUUUCUUUUAGCAUUGGUGAUACUACAGAACUGGAACCUUAUUUACAUGGAGGCAUAGCUAUUCAAGUUAAGACUUCUAAAACAUUCUGCUUUGAAUCAUUAGAGAUGCAACUAAAACAUCCAAAGUACCUUAUUGUGGAUUUUAGCAAACCUGAGGCACCUUUAGAGAUUCACUUAGCCAUGCUUGCCUUGGACCAAUUUCAGGAGAACUAUAGUCGCAAGCCAAAUGUUGGGUGCCAACAAGAUUCAGAAGAACUGUUGAAACUAGCAACAUCUAUUAGUGAAACCUUGGAAGAGAAGCCUGAAGUAAAUUAUGACAUCGUGCAUUGGCUUUCUUGGACUGCCCAAGGCUUUUUACCCCCACUUGCUGCAGCAGUAGGAGGUGUUGCCAGCCAAGAAGUACUGAAAGCUGUAACAGGAAAGUUUUCUCCUUUGUGCCAGUGGUUAUACAUUGAAGCAGCAGAUCUUGUCGAAUCCCUCAGCAAACCUGAACGAGAAGAAUUUCUCCCACGAGGAGAUAGAUAUGAUGCCUUACGAGCCUGCAUUGGAGACACUUUAUGUCAGAAGCUACAAAAUUUGAAUAUCUUUUUAGUAGGAUGUGGAGCCAUAGGCUGUGAAAUGUUAAAAAAUUUUGCUUUGCUUGGUGUUGGCACAGGCAAAGAGAAGGGAAUGGUUACAGUAACAGAUCCUGACUUGAUAGAAAAAUCCAACUUGAAUAGACAGUUCCUAUUUCGUCCUCAUCACAUACAGAAGCCUAAAAGCUGUACUGCUGCUGAUGCAACCCUGAAAAUAAAUCCUCAGUUAAAGAUAGAUGCACAUUUGAACAAAGUAUGUUCAGCCACUGAGGCAAUUUACAAUGAUGAGUUCUAUACUAAGCAGGAUAUAAUUAUUACAGCAUUAGAUAAUGUGGAAGCCAGGAGAUAUGUAGACAGCCGAUGCUUAGCAAAUCUACGGCCCCUCUUAGAUUCUGGAACGAUGGGCACUAAGGGACACACUGAAGUUAUUGUACCUCAUUUAACUGAAUCCUAUAAUAGUCAUCGGGAUCCCCCAGAAGAAGAAAUACCAUUUUGUACCCUAAAAUCCUUUCCAGCUGCUAUUGAACACACUAUACAAUGGGCAAGAGAUAAGUUUGAAAGUUCCUUUUCCCAGAAGCCUUCAUUGUUUAACAAAUUUUGGCAAACAUAUCCAUCUGCAGAAGAAGUCUUACAGAAGAUACAAACCGGACACAGUUUAGAAGGCUGUUUUCAAGUGAUUAAGUUACUUAGCAGAAGACCUAGAAAUUGGUCCCAGUGUGUAGAAUUAGCAAGAUUAAAGUUUGAAAAAUAUUUUAACCAUAAGGCUCUUCAGCUGCUUCACUGUUUCCCUCUGGACACACGAUUAAAAGAUGGCAGUUUGUUUUGGCAGUCACCAAAGAGACCCCCCUCUCCAUUAAAAUUUGAUCUGAAUGAACCUUUGCACUUCAGUUUUCUUCUAAAUGCUGCAAAAUUAUAUGCUACAAUCUAUUGCAUUCCAUUUACAGAAGAGGACUUAUCAGCAGAUACCCUGUUGAAUAUUCUUUCUGAAGUAAAGAUUCAGGAAUUCAAACCGUCCGACAAGGUUGUUCAAACAGAUGAAACUGCAAGGAAACCGGACCAGGUUCCUGUGAGCAGUGAAGAUGAGAGAAAUGCUAUUUUCCAACUAGAAAAGGCUAUUUCAUCUAAUGAAGCUACCACAAGUGACCUUCAGAUGGCAGUGCUUUCAUUUGAAAAAGAUGAUGAUCAUAAUGGACACAUAGAUUUCAUCACAGCUGCAUCAAAUCUUCGUGCCAAAAUGUAUAGUAUUGAACCCGCUGACCGUUUGAAAACAAAGCGCAUAGCAGGUAGAAUUAUACCUGCUAUAGCAACAUCUACUGCUGCAGUCUCUGGCUUGGUUGCAUUGGAGAUGAUCAAAGUAGCUGGUGACUAUCCAUUUGAAGCUUACAAAAAUUGUUUCCUUAACUUAGCCAUUCCAAUCAUAGUGUUUACAGAGACAUCUGAAGUAAGAAAAACUGAAAUCAGAAAUGGAAUAUCAUUUACAAUUUGGGACAGAUGGACUAUACAUGGAAAAGAAGAUUUCACCCUCUUGGAUUUCAUAAAUGCAGUCAAAGAGAAGUAUGGAAUUGAGCCAACAAUGGUGGUACAGGGAGUCAAAAUGCUCUAUGUUCCUAUAGUGCCUGGUCAUGCAAAAAGAUUGAAGUUAACAAUGCAUAAACUUGUGAAACCCUCUGCUGAAAAGAAAUAUGUGGAUCUUACUGUGUCAUUUGCUCCAGAUGCUGAUGGAGACGAAGAUUUACCUGGACCUCCAGUAAGAUACUACUUUAGUCAUGACACUGAUGAACAGAAGUUGUCUUAAAUUUAAGACUACUUGAUUUUGGAAAGAAUGCACUUAAUUCAGGAACUAAAAAGUCAGCUCAAAAUGCUAUGGAUUUCUCUUUGAUAAAGCCUUAAUUUAAGGGAACCAUCAGUAAAGAAAGUACAGUGAAGAAUUGUAAAGGAUUUUGAAGCAUAGUAUAUACACUCGUGUUGUGCUUCAUAUGUGGAUGUGAUCACAAGCAACUUUGAACUGGAAUGGACUAGAAGAGAUAAAACAUCAAGAAAUUUAAAGUUACAAAUGUAAUUAUCCAAAACGUUUAAUCUCAUUUUAUAAAUUGUUGUUGUUGUUGUUUAGUAUUUGAGGCCCAUUUUUCUCUUCAAAUAGUAUUUGGCUCCCUACACCUUUCAAGAUGAGGCUUUGAAUUUAACAUCAAUGGAGGUGGGGGGAUAGUAGCAGUGGAUAAAGAGUAGACAUUUAGAAUUGUACAAAUGUUACCUCUGCUCAUUUUACCAGAGUUUGCUAUAUCACUGUCUCUCCAAAAUAAGAAUCUUUGUUGACAGCAUCAGUGUCGUAAGUCAUGAUGACAGGUGUUAACCGGAACUAAAUGUUAACAAGACUGUGUGAACUCUUGACAGCCCUCUUAGAGAAUCCACAAAUGCAAACAGAUAAAUAUGGUUGGUCAUUUGAUUCAUCAGUAUGCCUUCUAAUGUGGCUGUUUUAUUUAUUUGGAACUCUAAACCUAACUGUCAUAGUAUAUAAGACUAAAAAGUUUUGUAUAUGGAGUGUCCUUAGAAGUUGAUGAAGAGUAGAAAUUAAAAAAUUAUCACUAGUUGAGUCUUGAUUUUUUUUUCUUCCAGCAAACAAAUGGACAGAAAAACAAUUUUUUUUAUUUUAAAGGGAAAUGUAUUAUUUAAUUCCUCAUUCCCAGAAAGGGAGUUGACAAAGAUGAAAAUUUAUUUUUUUAGAUCUUUAUUGAUAGAAACUUUCUGUUUUCUGCUAGGAGCUAUUGCAGGUAUUCAUAGAAAUGCUUUCGUUAAAAUAACAUAAAGUAUACUCAACACUGUAAACUCAGUGAAAACAGCAAGUGUUUCAUUUACUUUCAGUGAUAUGUGUCCUAAAGCAAUUGGCAUUUCGUAACCACAGAAUGUCAUUUCCUUCUUCUAGCUGCUUUUCCUCUAUUUUUCUGUUCAGACCAUUAAUAAGUACUUUGAUAAAUUAAAAACAGAUUCACAUCAGUAUUAAUCCAAUUUGAUAUCUUUUUCUAUUCCCUCCUUAACUUUCCUUUUAUUCCAUCUGUAUAUAGUUUAGUCAACCAGGCAUAUUGUUUCAUUCUUUUGUAAAAGCAUCAUCCUAUUGGGAAAAUAUAUUUGGGAAUGGAGAUUGAGUUUGUAUGAUUAAAGGGUAAUCUGCAUUGGAGGCAAGGAUAAGUGGACAGGAUGAGUCUAAAGGAACUGACUACCUUUGAAAUAAGCAAUUAAUUUUGGUUCGUCAUAUCCUUCCCUCUCACUUCAUGUAUAUUGCAAACACAGUGCUUAAAAUUAAUAUUACUUAAAAGUGAAUUCAGGAAUAUCAAAGCUCUGUGGCUUGGAACAUUAGAGGCUAGCACUAAUAAAAGAACUUUCCUAUAAGAAGUCUGUUCCACUUUUUUGUUUUGUACUCUAGACAGCAACUGAUACUUUCUCGGUAGCCAUUCAAUAAUUCUCAACUAUGAUCUAGUAUCUUACUUACUCUAUAUAAAUCUCUACAUCUCUUCAGAAGUAAAUUUAGAACAGAACCUGGCUAUCAGUUCUUAUUUCUGGAGAUCAGUGCUUUAGCAGAUAUAAACAGAAUCAACAAAGAUUAAGUUCAUUUUAUGAUUAAAUGUGAAACCAUUUUGUCAUUGCUUUUUUUUUUCCUAUGGGUAACAGUAUUGCCGUUUAUUUCUUCUAUUUAGUUCUGCUAAACUGGAAAGCCAGCAUGAAUUUAAUGACAGUUUUUUUUUUUCAUUGUCUGUUUUAUUUCUGUACCAUGAGAUCACUGCUGGUGAUUGAAAUACCAGGUGCAAAAAUUAAUGAUUUGAUUUUGUACAGUACCACUGAGUGAUUUUUUACUUAUUAAAAAUAAAUCAAGAAAUUUUACAUUA